AUGGCUGCGAAAAAGACCAUCGUCGUCGUUGGUGCCACUGGUAACCAGGGUUCCUCUGUGGCCCAUACUUUUCUGACGCGGCCCAACUGGAACGUCCGUUGUGUGACUCGCAAUCCAUCGUCUGCUGCUGCUCAGGAUUUAGCAUCACUCGGUGCUAGUGUUGUGCAGGCCGACUUGUCCGACAUCGACUCGCUGCGGACUGCCUUUGAUGGAGCGCAUGCCAUCUUUGUCAACACCGAUUUCUGGGGUCCUUACAGGGCCGAUGGAAAAAGGACGCUUGGGGACAGUGAUGCUGCCUUCAACAUGGAAGUCGACCACGGCAAAAAUGCUGCCAUUGUCGCCGCCGCUCUUCCGUCCCUUGAACGCUUCAUAUACUCUGCCCUGGGGCCAAUGAAGAAACACUCCAAGGGCAAAUACCCUCAUUCCUACCACUGGGACUCCAAGGCAACCAUUGUUGAAUACAUCGAGAGCGAGCAGUCAAACCUGGCUAAGAAGACUUCCUACAUCUAUAUCGGUGCUUUCAAUACCAAUCCGUUGUUCAUGCCUAACAUAAACCCAGAGACUGGGCGGCAUCAGUUUACGAACCCUUUAAAGAAGGAGCAAAUCAUGCCCAUGAUCGACCCUGUAGAGUCCACGGGCCCGUUUGUGCAGGCCCUGAUUGAGACUGAAGAGCCCGGGGUCAGGUUGCUUGCCUAUGAUAGCCUUCUUACAAUGGGCGAAAUAUCGAAUCUGUGGUCGAAAGUCUCUGGUAAACCAGCGGAUUACGUGGAAGUUACAGUCGAAUACAUGAACCAACAGUUUGGCAUCCCGCUAGAAGUACUCGAUGCGGUAGGCUACUUACCUGAAUAUGGGUAUAUGGGUGGGGUUGAAGGGUCAAUAGAGCCCGACCAGUUAAAAGUCAAGCCUCAGACUGCAUCCUUUGAGGACUGGCUGAAAAAGCAAGACUGGGAAAGUAUUUUGAAAAGUGGGGAGAAGCUUAUUGGAAGCGUUAAAGAGUAA